GGGAAGCUGAAAACGGGGAAGAAAAAAAAACCCUGUCAACUGUGGUGUUGUCGGUCGCGCCUUAUAAUUUGUCGAGGGUUUUUUUUCGGGCUGACGUGACCGUGCUGUUUGGUCGCUUCUGUAAAAGCCAAAAUGGGGUGCUUCUUCUCGAAAAAAUCCAAAAGAAAGUCGGCGGAAAAGGAGAACCACUCGCCGACGACAACGACUGUCGAAAGUGGAGGUAACGCGGUUCCCCUUGGCAACAACGCCGAGGAGCCGCCGAAGCAGUACAGCUGGGAUAAAAGAGAAAAGGUUGAUCCCAAGGAUUACAUGCUGACAGGACUGAAAGAUGUCACUGUCGGCCGCCUGCCUGGAAAACUGAACGGCCAGCAGUUUGUCAUCCAAGAAUGUGAGAACUGCAACAUCUAUGUGUUGGACCACUCAGCGACUAUCAACAUCGACGACUGCGUCAACUGCCGCAUUGUCCUCGGACCUGUUAAGGGAAGUGUGUUUUUCAGAGACUGCAAAGACAUCAAGUGCGUGGUUGCCUGUCAGCAGUUUCGCACGCGGGACUGUAAAAAGAUGGACGUGUUCCUGUGCUGCGCCACUCAGCCCAUCAUCGAGGCCUCCACAGGGAUGAAGUUCGGCUGCUUUCAGUACUACUACCCUGACCUGGCCUUCCACUUUAAGGACGCGGGGCUGAGCAUAUUUAACAACAACUGGAGCAACAUCCAUGACUUCACGCCGGUGUCAGGAGAGAACAACUGGAGCCUGCUGCCAGAGGACUCAAAUGUGCUGGAUUUUGUCCCAAUGCCCGACCCAGAGUCUGACUUCAAGUCUGUUCGGAUCUCCACCGAAGCAGCCCGGAGCAUCGUGCCUUUGACGAAAGGAGGGAGGCGGAAGGACAGCGAGGAGUCCUGUCUCUUUGUUUUCUUCGCCGGAGAAUAUACAACUGCAAAUGCCAGGAAACUGAUAGAUGAGGCAACCAGUAAAGGAUUCGUACUGAUCCAGACCAAAGAGGUCUCCAUGAAGCCUGAAGAUGCAAAGCGUGUGUUUCAGAGCAACGCAGAAGAUCUUGUGGAGUUUAUCAGUAAAGGUCCCGUCACUGCCCUCGAGCUGAACGGUGAUGGUGUCGUGGAAGCCUGCAAGAACAUCGCUAACGAAGUGUUCAGUGGCACCAAACUUUUUGUCUCGGACAACAAGAACACAUCAACCCGCGAUGUUGACAGCUUCUUCAACUUUGCUGACAUGCAGAUGGGCUUAUAAGUCAGCUGACGAAGAUGUCUUUUGAAAUGAUUAAAGGCAGGAUUGAAAACUUCUGCAGACUGUUAGAAAUUGCUUGUGGUUUAACAAAUCAGUUCCCACGAUUGGAUGAAAUUUUACCAUUUUUUUCUUCAGACAGAAGGAAGAAAAAUGGCUGUAAACCACUGAAAUGUUAGUUGCUAAGAGUGCUGUGAUUAUUUAUGUUUCUGUGAAUGUAUUUUGGAAAUCUGUUUUCUUUUUUCCUCUGUGAAUGUAGCUGUUUCUGUAAGUGUAUUUUCUUUUUUUAAUUUAAAUAUUACUUACAUUGCUGUUUGGGAUAAAAGGAAAACGUUAGAAAAAAAAAACAUGAGCACAAAAUGCCUGUUUCCAUCCUUACAUUUUUCUUAGAAGUAUUUGUCUUUGGUUUGGAUAAUGUAUUUCCCUCUAUUUGAAAUGUGUAUAUAUGAGAUACUGUAUAGGUAAUGAUUAUGUCUUUACUCGUGUAUGUUAGGCCAAAACCAGGUUGUGAAAAGUUUAUCUUAAGUUUUGUUAAUCUGUUUUCAUCAACAUAUAAACACAAGAGGAAUGCUGGAUAUUUGAAGUAGGCACCUUGUGUGUAUUUUUUUUUAUAUAUAUAUAUAUAUAUAUGUGAUUUUUAUACAUAACUGAAUGUUUUUGUAUAGAAUUUCAUAAACUACAUAUAUUUUGUAAAAUUCUAAUUAUUUUGUAUUUUUAAACAAAGAUGACUGAAAGUCAGCUGCCAGCACCUGUUUUCCAUGACAAAAGAUCUUUUAAGAGUACAUGUGUCUCUAAGGUUCAAUUUGCAUAGCCAUUAAAUCUGAGAACCGAUGUGAAAAACAGAAACUGUGCUGAAUGGAAAUGCUUUUCUUCCUCUUUGUACAACUUUUUUUUUUUUUUGCUGUUCAGGGCCUCUAUUUGUCAACUUCAAUAGAGUGGAAACACCAAACAUUUUCUUGAUGAGACAGAAAUAUGUAGAUCUGACCAUAGUUACCAUUUAGCUGCACUUUCUCAUCUCAGUGAUGAGUUCAGAUGAUGGUUGUGGCUUUAACAAAUUCUAAUCUAAAUAAAUUAUGUCUAUAAAACGAUUACCUCAUACAAAAUUAAACAUACAGUUUUUUUUUUUCUUUAAGUUACUUUUUUUUU